AUGCGGCCGCCGCUGCUGCUGCUUUUGGCGGCCAUUUUUGGCCAUGUCGCGCCGAAGAAGAUGUCCGAGAUGGCCGAGAAAGGAGACUACCAACAAUGCAUCCUGCCGCUCUACGAAAAUGAUAUGAAGCCGGCUAAUAUCACUGUGGCGGGAGUGACGACGGGCUGUUUCUACUACGAGGCUUCGCUCAAGGCCAUUGAGACGGCAUCAGCCCAGGUGCGUCAGUUUGAGGUCAACCACGAGAGCUUCCAUAUGCUGUCUCGGGAUAAGAAGGACUGCCGCGGUGUCAAGGUUUUUGUCAUUCCUGUGGAUGUGUACGAGCGCCACGGCUACACCGUCAAGAACCUGCGGGUGGUCGUGCGACAAAUUCAGGAUCGGCUGCAGCUGUUCUUCCCGCCGAAGGUCGAGACGCCGCAGAUGCGUUUUGUGGGCAUCAACUACGUGCAAAUCGCGCUGAAGAGCCACCGCAGCGUCGCCACCUCCUAUCUACCGUAUCCGCCCGGGUUUGUCGUCGCCGACUGCUCAAGGGAAGCAAUCGAGGAGAAACGCUGCCGCCACCCCAGUAUCGACAUCACCGACGUGUUCCAGCGUACCUACCUGUACGCGUCGAACCGUGAUGACGUGGCGUGGUCGGCGAACAGUGUGCGCGUCAUCGACCUGUACGAGCUGCUGAUGGACGCCAAUCGCACAAAAAUCGUGAAUGUGCAGCCGGUGCCGGCCUACUACAGCGCCAUCGCCCUCACCCACGAGUUCGCCGCCAUCUACGACGGGACCGUCAUUCUCCAGCGAAUGGAAUCCGGCUGCGACCGGUUCUUUGGGCACCCGGUCUACUAUGAGGAUGAUUGGUACUCGGCCGUCAGAUUUGCCGAAUACACCAUCGGCCGACGGCCAUUGGAUGCACUGUUCCCCCAAAAACGGAUGGUUUCUGCAAGCAACGACGUAGUGGGCGACAUGGGUCGUUAUCAAUUGUACGGGCUGGCGGUGGCGUUCUUCGUGAUCAUCUACUUUGUGCGCCACGUGCCCCAGAUCAUCGACUGGUGGCGGAGGAGGCGCAGCGGGCGCGAGCUGUACGCCCGCCGGCGCCGCCAAGGCCUGCUCGCCGAGCAGCAGCAAAGCGACGGCGAGAGCGACGAGCGCCUCGCCAAGGCUGGUUACCCGGAGCAGCCCAGUCCCGAGAUGUCCAGCGAGCACGACCAGCCGCAACAGCCAGGCGCCGCGAACCGGAAGACGGCC